AUGACAGCAGCAGCUAACGCUCUCUUUACUUCUGCCAGCAUGCUGCUCUCGUCGUCGACUCCAGGAUCAGGCUGGGAUGCCGGGAUGCUGGGAUGCGGCCAGGGCCUCUUGACAGGGACAGAUCGCAUCGUCAGAUCCAUAGUCCUACCGUUUUUACUUUCACCCUUUUACCCAGUAUCUCUUUUCUUCUUCUCUUUCUUCUCUUUCUUCUCUUCUAUCUUCUUCUUCUCUUAUAUCAUCUCUUCUUCUUCUUCUCCUCUUCUCCUCCAUCUUGAUAUCGUAUUUUAUCUGGUAUUGGCUGUCCACUCACCGUCCUCCAUGUGGGUCCUCCCCUUACCGUACCUGACCACCCAAAAGUCCCCUAAAAAGUCCCCGUCAAAAACUGGUUCGUCGCUUUUUCUGUCUUUUUUGCUCCUUUUGCUUUUUUCUGCCGCUUUUUCUUCUUUCUCUUCCGCCUUUUUUUCUCUGGCCUUCAACUUCGAUCUCCAACCUGCAAUCUUCAACUUCUCUUCUUCUUCCUCCUCUCCUCUUCUUCCUCUUCUUCCUCUUCCCCUUCAACCUAAUCCGCCGCCUCCUCCUCUCCUCCUCCUCCGCCGCCGCGGCUCUCGCUGGCUACAGCUCGCUGUGGCCGUCCGUUCCUUACAUCCUAGCACGGAGACGUGCGCCUUUUUCUAUCUCUCUCUCUCCUCUGUCUCUAUCGCUGUGGCCUGGCGAAACACACAGACUGGAAGCAGAGCCGGGGAAAAGGAGCCGCUUUUUAUCAGUCAUUUGCUUGAUCUGGCAAAGCCCAGCCUCUCCAUAUAUGAAGCCGAAGGACUUGGUUGGAACGAGCAAGUAGAGAGACCGAAGAGACUCUCUGGCUCGUCACUUAUUCUUCCUUCUCUUCCCUCUUCUUCGUGGAAUUCUUACAUUUCCCUUUUCGUUCGUUUAUAUUCUCUCUCUCUCUCUCUCUAUCUCUCUUUCUCUCGUUUUAUUCUACAGCCAUGA